GUAGUGUUAUGUAGUGCUUGCUCGAAUCUACACUAUCAACAGACCUUUCUAUGCAUAAUGGUUGACCUACAGAUGUGUACAAUUCAAAUAUGGUUUAUGUUUUCUGUAGUGAUUGUUACACUAAGCAUGGAAUCAACUUACAGUAGCCGUACAGGUCCUCAAUGUGUUGAUCAAGACACCAAUUGUCCUCUGUAUAAGAAUUUGAUGUGUAACUCGAGUGAUGAGAAAACAAAAAUAUUUGCUAUACAAAAUUGUCCAGUGACUUGUAAUUUAUGCAAGGAGUUCCAAGCAAAUAUCCAGAUCACUGAAGUGUUUUCAUGCUUUGGUUCAAAUUGCACGACUCCUAAAGUUUGUCAAGUGUAUGUCAAGAAUAAUGUUCCUGUUUCUGGUUCGUGUGUGGAUGUUCAAAAGAAUUCGAAGAUUUGUGGUCCUUUCCCGACAAAUGGAACAUGUGACUGCUACAAUGAUAAAUGCAUGUCAGUUAUUGAUAUGUUGUACUCUAUUCAUAAUACAACCGUACCAUGGAAGCAGUGUGUUGACCAUGACAGCAGAUGCAAAACGUUGAAAAAUCAAAUAUGCUAUGCAAGUGCGCCUGAACAUACUAAGAAGUUUGCAAUUAAGACAUGCCCUCGCACGUGUAAUUACUGUGCACAGUAUUCAGAACUACUACAUCCAACUCCAAAGACAAUUUCCUGUUUUAGCUCUUCAUGUACAACUCCUCAACAAGUUUGUCGUGUAAACUUUGUAAACAGUGUUCCUAUUUCUGCGUCCUGUAUACAAAAACAACAGAAAAUUCAUAUUUGUAGUUUAUUUCCAACAAAGGGAUACUGCGAGUGUGAUUCUGCUGUAUGCAUGUCUAAAAUAAUUACGUACCUGUUAGCUUCAAUUCAAGUACAACCAACAAAACCUACUACUACACAUAUGGUUACAACAUCGGCUACCUCCACAAAUGUACAAACAGCAACGCAUACUACUACACAUGAACCAAUAACAAAGCCUACCACUACACAAGUACAAACAACAACGCCCACAUCUAUACGAACAACAGUGCCUACUACUUCACGUGAACAAACAACAACGUUUUCAGCUACACAUGAACCAACCAACUCGCCUUACACUACAAAUUUGCAAAGAACAACCCCUACUACACCAGUUGUGUUUGCAUCGAUUCCUGAUAUUGUAACCAAUCCUACAAAACUGUUUACCACUACACAGGUUCCUAGAGAAACGGCUUCAUCUGUACAGAAAACAUCAAUAACAUCAACAACCCAAUUUUUUAGUUCAGUGUCUGCAAGCCAAAACGUGAACAACCAAGCAACAUGUAAUGAUAGCCCUGGUGUAAAUUGUACUGUAUUAAUGGUAACCAAUAUAUGUUCCACAGCUGUAGCCAAUACCUUAUGUGCCAGAUCUUGCAAUCAUUGUCCUCCUUGUGAAGAUAAAACGGAAUUAGAUUGUUCACUGUUUGUUGCUAGCAAUAUCUGUGAUGUACCCACUGCUAAGAUCUACUGUGCAAAGACUUGCAAACACUGUUCGUCAGUUCAAGUUGUAAAUGGACCUCCAAUUGGAUAAACCUGAUCAAUAAGGCCUUUAUUUUUUUUU